AUGCUAGGAAAAGAAUGGAACUCGCUACUCACUUUUAUCCAGAAUAUUUCUGCGGCUGUUUCGUUAUUUUUGAACAGUUUUCUCAUUUUCUUAAUUGUCAAAAAGUCACCAAAACAACUCGGUCCAUAUCGAUGGUUAAUGAUUUAUAUUUCGGUGUUUGAAUUGCUAUACUCGAUUUUGGAUGUUGUCUUGGCACCACAACACUAUUCUCAUGGACCAAUUUUUCUGACAAUCGUGGGAACUGAGAAUAAACUUUUCCACCGCCCUACGUUGACCAUUUUGAAUGCAUGUUACUGGGGAUGCUUUGGAGCAUCGAUGGCAGUUUUCGCGGUUCAUUUUGUAUACCGUUAUUUGGUGCUGUCUGGACACCGUCUCCGUCUAACAUUUUACGGGUGCAAAAUUUGGUUUUGGUUUUCGAUACCAGUAUGGUACGCUGCAGUUUGGUAUUGCACAGGAUAUUUUCUGGCAGAACCCAAUGAAGCAACCACCAGAUUUAUUAGACGAAUACAUUGCCUGGGCCCCUAUCUAUACGAGACAACAACCGACGGAAAUAUCAAAGUAUCCUCCAUUAUCUUCAUCGUCCUGUUUGCCACAUUGUGUUAUAUCCGAAUCAGUGACUUGGUGGUAACAACAAUUAUUUCUGCAAGAAUCCGAAGUCUUCAAAGACAAUUAUUUUAUGCUCUAGUCAUCCAAACCCUAGUUCCUCUUAUUCUGAUGCAUAUUCCAGCUGCGAUCAUGUUUGCGUUUGUAUUUUUGAAUAUUGAUCUUGGAGUGUAUAGUGCAAUUGUAUCCAUGACAAUUGCCUUAUAUCCAGCAGUGGACCCGAUUCCCACGAUGGUCAUUGUGAAGAAUUAUAGAAGAACUAUUUUAAAAUAUCUUGGUCUCGGCAAAACAAAGAUCUCUGCGGAGAGUCAAAAGCGAUUUGAUCCGACAGAGUUGCAGAUGAAAUUUUGA